CCAAAAACAACUCGUAGGAUUUUGUGAUAAGCUGUGAUAGAAUUGUGAAAUUAAUAUGUUGGAUAAAGUAAAAAACGUUAUUGUGGUGCUUUCGGGUAAAGGUGGCGUGGGCAAAUCAACUGUCAGCACGCAAUUAGCCUUGGCCUUACGCGAAACUGGCUACAAGGUUGGCCUGCUGGAUAUUGAUUUGUGUGGUCCAAGCGUGCCUUAUCUGUUGGGUCUCGAAGGAAGCGACAUUUAUCAAUGCGAUGAAGGCUGGGUACCCAUUUACACAGAUGAGACAAAGACGCUGGCAGUGAUGUCGAUUGGUUUUCUGCUCAAAAGUCGCGACGAUCCAGUCAUCUGGCGUGGCCCCAAAAAAACGGUCAUGAUUAAGCAGUUUCUGACCGAUGUUAAAUGGGAGGAACUGGAUUAUCUGAUAAUUGACACCCCACCCGGCACAUCGGAUGAGCACAUAACAGUUAUGGAGUGUAUGCGUGAGGUUCCGUGCACUGGCGCUGUUCUGGUAACCACACCACAGGGUGUAGCACUGGAUGAUGUGCGCAAAGAAAUCACGUUCUGCAAAAAGACGGGUAUUAAGCUGCUGGGCAUUGUAGAGAAUAUGAGCGGCUUUGUUUGCCCACAUUGUACGACUUGCACAAACAUCUUCUCCUCCAAUGGCGGUGUGGAGUUAGCAAAUUUCGCACAGGUGCCUCACUUAGGAACACUACCCAUAGAUCCGCGCAUGGGCGUGCUUGUAGGCAGCACAUCCUCGGUUUUAUCCCAUUUGCCCGACUCCAGCACAGCGCAGGUUAUGCGCCACAUUGUGCAGCAGCUGGCGGCAGCAACAGCUCAGCCCCAAGAAAUUACUGCGUAGCAUUUAGUUAGUUUUGCAAAUAUAGGAGGAUCCUUUUACACUAUGUUAAGUAUGAAGAAACUACGUGCGCCUAAAAUUGGGUUUGGUGUGACCAAACAGAAAAAUAAUAAUUAUAAAUAUUAAUUGCAAAAUUAAACGACAGUUUCAUUUA